AAACAAACAGCAACAGACACCGAUCUGUGAGUUUCAUCAGCAGGCAAAGACUGUUGCCGCCGCUACUGCUGCUGCUGCUUCUCAGAAGGAAGAGGAGGAAGGGGGAAAGUACAAGUGAGUGUGUUACUUUAAUUAGUGUUAAGGAAAACCUUCAUUAAAAUCAAUAAGACCAGGAGAGUGUCUAGUCUGACUGACUUCUUCAACAAGGGAACCACUGUCUGUUAGAACUGUGGGCUCCCCUCUUUCAUCUGUAUGCACUGGAAUUACGAAGGACACAACAAGUUGUUGGUUUAUAAUUCUAUAUUUCCAGAAAAGGAAACUAUAUCCACAUCCGACAGUCGUUUGUUUAUUCAUGGUAGCUUUAAUUAAAGGACUUCAAAGAAAAGCACCAGUUAAAAAAAAUAGCGCAAACCUCCCAUAUAUAUUUAGGAAAUUAUUGAAUAUUUUAAAUUUUGCUGAACGAAGAAGGUUUGUUAUACAUGAAGACAGCAUGUCAGUUAAGAACAUUUUAUUCUGGUAAUUCUUUUUGAUGUUUUGUGUCUGUGAAAUUAAUGCAUUUUAGUUGUUUCUUCGGUUUGCUGCUUCUGCAGUUGUAAGUCGUCUUCUGUCGAUAUUACUACUGCUGCUAAACAUGCCAUGGACUCUUUACUUACUACUGUCCUUGUCAAUCGCUGACUGUCGACGGCUGUGGCCAGGACCGAACCUACAACUAGGUGUUUAUUUAUGAUUAUGAAUUGUGUCGAGCUUAUCUACUUCAAUGUCAUUUCUCUAACGACAUUUCAACGUCUGCUCAUUUAAAGUUCUGGUUUGUCUAUGUCCACCGUUUCUACACCUCGCUGUUAUGGUUUAAAUGCUAUGGAGAGUCAGCAGUGUUAUUAUUGUAGCAUGGAAAACUAUUGACCAGGAACGAAUUACAAAAGAUAACUGAAUGCUAACGAUUUAUAGUAGCCGAUAUGGAUGCAACACAAGGAGAUGCCGUGAAAGUGGCACUGAGAAUUCGGCCUCAAUGUGGCCGAGAAAGGAUUGAUAUGUGCCAAAUUUGCACCGAUGUUAUCUAUGCGGAAUCUCAGCUUAUCUUGGGAAAAGAUAAGGCAUUUACAUUUGACUAUGUAUUUGACAGAGAUACAGUUCAGAAGGAUGUUUAUGAAACUUGUGUACAAAUGCUUGUUGAAGGAUGUUUUGAAGGUUACAAUGCAACAGUAUUUGCCUAUGGCCAGACUGGUUCUGGCAAGACAUAUACAAUGGGGAGUGGAUUUGAUGUGGAUGUUCCAACAGAAGACAUUGGCAUAAUACCUCGAGCUAUUGGACAUCUAUUUAGUGGCAUUGACAAACGCAAGAAAGAAGCUAUGGAGAAUAAGGAACCUCCACCUACAUUUAAAGUUUCUGUUCAGUUCAUGGAGUUGUAUAAUGAAGAAAUUCUAGACUUAUUGGAUCCAGCUAAAGAUUUAGAUUCAAGAAAUAAAAAAUCCCACAUAAAGGUCCAUGAAGAUGCAUCUGGAGGUAUCUAUGUAGUUGGUGUUAACACUCGGCCAGUUGAUUCUCUUAAUGCUACUCUACAGCUCUUAAAAGGUGGUGCACUUUCCCGAGCUACAGCUAGUACUAAGAUGAAUGUUCAGUCCUCUCGUUCACAUGCUAUUUUCUCUCUCCACAUCAAGCAAGAUAGAAUUGCCUCUGAAAUAAUAGAUGAAGAAGGCAAAGAUGACUCUUCUCAGCCUACGUUCGAAACUCUGACUGCCAAAUUCCAUUUUGUUGACCUUGCUGGAUCAGAAAGACUUAAACGUACUGGAGCAACGGGAGACAGAGCAAAAGAAGGAAUAUCUAUAAACUGUGGUUUGCUUGCUCUAGGAAAUGUGAUAUCUGCUCUUGGAGACAAAACAAAGAAAGGUUGCCACGUUCCCUAUCGUGAUUCUAAAUUAACGCGACUAUUACAAGACUCUUUGGGAGGUAACAGCCGAACCCUCAUGAUUGCUUGCAUUUCACCAUCUGAUAGAGAUUUUAUGGAAACAUUAAACACACUAAAAUAUGCUAAUAGGGCCAAAAACAUCCGGAAUGUUGUUGUAGCAAACCAGGAUAAAGCCAGCAAAUUGUUAGCCCAAUUAAGGACUGAAAACAGCCUUUUACAGAAGGAAUUAUUAGAAUACAAAACAGGAAAACGUUUAGUUGACAGUGAUGGCGUGGAAGGAAUGAAUGACUUCUUUGCUGAAAAUACGAUGUUGCAAUCUGAGAAUGAGAAACUGCGGCAACGGUUGAAGGCAAUGACUAAGACAGUUGAAGGCCUCAGAGAUCGGAACAUACAGCUAGCAACUGAAAAUAACUUAUACAAGCAAAGUAACUCAGAACCUUUGAACAAUGAACAACUAACAACUGUGAUACAAAAUUAUAGUAAAGAAACAGAGUCACUUCGUGCUAAAUUAGCAGAAGCAGAGUCAAGAUGUAAAGUUGCACAGACUUCUGCUUCUCGAGCUCAGUCUCGGCUGGCUCUUAGCCCACGGGUUCCAAUGUCUUCCUCUCUUAUUGAAGUACCCAACAGUCCCGAGAUAAACAAUUAUGAUCUGCUGAAAGAGGCUAACGAAGAUUUACGAAGCCUCAAAGAAAAGAUAAAAUACCGCACAGGAGGAGAUGGUCAAGAAAGUGACAAAGAAAAUAUCUGUGAAGGAAAUAUCCAGCUGAAAAACAACUGUGAGGGUAUUCCUUGUGAUUCAUUGUCAGACAUCACUGGUGAAGUAUUUGAAGCUUUGAGUGAAGAAUUUUAUGCUGGAGAGGAAAUGGUUGAAGAGGAUUCUGAAUGCUUUGAUUUCAACACUGAUGACACUGAUGAAGAAGAAGACUUAAGUUCCUCUGACAUAGCUCUCACAGCUUCUCUGUACACUUUAUGGAGCUUCACAGGUAUGGGAUCUGAUAAUGUCCAUGAGAAUCUGGCUGAGCUGACUUGUGAAAUGACACUGAAGGAACGUUUGAUUGAAGCACUGGAGAAAAAUCAAAAUAAACUGAAUGCAAUGAAAACUCAUUAUGAACAGAAGGUGCAGCAGCUUCAACUAAAGAUCCGAGAAACAGAAGUAGAAAGAGAUAAAAUAAUCUCUAAUAUUGAAAAAGUUGAAUCAGAUAAGAAGGAUAAAGUGAAGAAUGUGAAUGAAAAGUACCAACAAAAACUAAAUAAUCUUCAGCAGGAACUGAAGAAAUUACAAGAAGCUAAAAAGGAGCAUGCAAAACUAAUCCGGAAUCAAGCUGUUCAUGAGAAGCAGCUCAAAACGUACCAGCUUGAGCUUCAAGAGAUGAAACGUAUCAAGGUGAGAUUAAUGAAACAAAUAAAAGAGGAAGCUGAAAAGAAUAAAGUAAAUGAUGCCAAGAAGCACAAAGAAAUAACUCAACUGCGAAAGGCUCAUUUAAAGAAAGAACAAAGAAUAAAAAAUUUGGAGACUGAAAAACACCAAAAAGAAAUUGUUCUGAAGAGGAAACAAGAAGAGGUGGAGGCUUUGCGAAAAAGACAAAGGCCGAUGUCUGACCGUGCAGCUGGUAGAGUUGGUCGAUACAACACAUAUCCAGCACAAUCUUCACAUUACAUUCCUAUGUCACCUCAUGAACGUCAAAGUCAGAUAAGUAGCAGAUCCGAUAGACUUGCUAAAAAGAAGUGGGAUGCAAUUCAAAAGAAAGUAGAGGAUAUUGUCAACAAACGACAGACUCUAAGUUUGAUAGAAAAAGAUAUGGAAACGUGGUUAAAAGAACGGAGAAAAUUGGGCCAGAAUAUAGAAAAAUACACGAAAAAGAAAGAAACUCUUACAGAAACUCAACAGUCCCAAGAAGCAAUUGAUGAAUGUGUAGAUGUAAUUGAGAGCUUAGAAGGACAACUUCAGCUAUGCCAAGAGCACAUUACUGAGAUACAGGAGCAAAUCAUGCAUCUGGAAGAAAAUAAAAACAAUGAUGAAUUGGAGAAACUACAAGUUAUAUACAGUAAAAGCAACCAUUUGGAGAGUCAAUAUUUGUUUAGACAUCUAAUGGAAUCUGUAUUAUCAAAGGGAACAUUAUGUGCCAAUAAAGAGACUGAAUUAAAAGAACUUCAAGCUAAACUUCACCAAUGCAUGGUGAAUAAUAACUUACAGCAAGAUAUAUUGAAGCAUAUGAUGGCUGAUAGAAUAGACAUUGACAUGGAAGAAUUUGUACAAAAUGAUGCUGAGACUGAAAGUAUUAGUUCAGGUUCCACCUCUCCUGUCGACAACAUGUUCGACAGACAGAGAACAAACCAACUCAGUCCCAAUAUGGCCACUGGAGAGUCCUUAAAGAAAGCAAAGGUGCGACAGUGUUGCCAGGGGCUACAAAAGCCUAUCCCAGCUCGAAGGCGUACUGCUACACCCAAAGAAUUGCUGUAUUCAGUUGAAUCCUCAUGUUUGGAUACUACAUUGACACCACUUCAAGAAACAUCUCAAGAGGAGACAACUUCACCUGACAAAAGUUCCAGCUCAAGUCCCAAAUCUUUAGUAAAGAGUGUUGAUACAUUAGAAAAGAUCGGGUUGUCAAAUGAGACGGAACUUCAACUUUCUCCGAUUCCACUUCGCAGAGUUAAUAGUGCUUCUGAUGCAACUAGACCCAACAAAUACAGUGAACCUGUAAGUCCCCUCAGAUCACCUCAAGCUCCUCGGAAAAGAUCUAAUGAUGUCUUUAAACGGUUAACUUCCAAAAGUGUGAUCUCAUCACCUGAGUCAAACAGGGGUACUAUUACACAGUUGAGCCGGAUUAAUUCUGGAGGUAGAUCUUCACCGAUAUUUUGUUCCCAUAUUGUGGAAGGUCAUGCCAAACCAGUUCUGUCUGUAUAUGCUACAGAAGAUUUAUUAUUCACAGGCAGUAAAGAUCGUACUGCCAAAGUCUGGGAUCUCAACACUGGCCAUGAGCUACAAGUCUUUCCUGACCAUCCUAACAAUGUAGUGGCACUAAAGUACGAUGAACCAUCCCAUAGGCUCUACACAGUCUCACUUUCAGAAGUGAAAGUCUGGGAUAUUCGAGAUGUCUCAAAACCUAACUGUGUUAUAGCCUUUAAUUCCUCAGGUUUUGCAUCUGCACCAAUAUCAUAUCAAACACGCCAGAGUGAAGUCAGUCGUCAUGAAAAUUUAAUAAAUGCCAUUUCACUGAGUGAUGAUGGCCAGACACUGUUUACAGCUGUUGGAAACCUAGUUCGCAUGUGGGAUCUUCGAAACUUUAGCUGCAUUAACAAGCUGACCGGUCAUCAAGCUCAGGUGAUGGUUCUUGCCUCAACAAGUAAUGCUGAGAGUCAACUUGUGGUCAGUGGUUCAAAAGACCACUACAUCAAGAUAUUUGAAGUGAACUCCAUGACUUCAAAUGUUGCCAGUCCAACAUACAAUCUUGAACCACCACAUUUUGAUGGUGUCCAGUCAUUAGUGAUACAAGAUCAAAUACUGUUUAGUGGGUCAAGAGACCGUUGCAUUAAGAAAUGGAACCUUAAAGACAAAAGGACCAUCCAGUCCCUCUAUUGCGCUCAUAAAGACUGGAUCAAUGGCUUAGCAGUUAUGCCUGAGCAUCAGAUCUUGCUUAGUGGUUGUCGAAGUGGUUACCUAAAACUAUGGCAAACUGAAGGAAAUUGCUCUGCAAUUGGUGAAAUCAAAGCCCACAACUUUCCAAUUACUGCCCUUACCACAAAUAAAUCAGCAAUAUUCACAGCUUCAAAUGAUCCUGAAUCCAACAAAUGCCAUAUCUGGAAACUACAAGACAGCACUUAAGUUUCAUUAUGUUUUUGACUGUACUGUGGGUAUCUGGAAAAAACGGAAUUAUUUGGAAGCUCAUAGAAGUUCUUGUGUUUAACUCUAAUCCAGUAACAUGAGAGAAAUUCAUUUAGGUUUGCUAAUAGCUUGCUAUUGCAAAUUAUUUUAAAACUGUUCUGACUUGUUGCUUAUGUCCAAUCUUAAAACAUUUUGGAAACAUUGUUUUCAAUUAAAAAAAAAUGUUCUGUUUUAUUUUAAUUUUAUUUUUUUUAUUCCAUUGUUAAUUUUUUGUUUUUAGAGUCUAGUUAUAAAAUAAAGUCAUAAUUUUUUUUAUCUUGUAUUCCCCAACGUUUUUAAGUGUGGAAGCUACCAUUGUGAAUAUUUCAUUGUGAACGUGUGUAUCUGAGAUACUUAAAAAUACCUGAAUAUCUUUAAAAUUCCAUUCUUUCUGGACCAAAAAGUUGUUUUUUUUCAUUCUGUACAAAACAAAAUAAGAGGAAAUAAUUGAAUGAAUAAUAAUUUGGGUUUUUUUUUUUUAAUUUUUAAAAGAAGGCCAAUUUUAAUGAAACAGAUGUAUUAACUUUCGAUUAGUUAAAAUAUGUUUAUGGCAGAUUUCAAAUUAUAAAUCAAAUUCACUGUAGUUACUGUGGAGAAACAAUUCUCUCUUUUGGUAGAUGUGGUAAAAACACUAUAUCUGCCCAAUGUUUCCCCCUUAUCACAUUCCCAAACAGCUGUUUCUUGCUCUUUAGCUUUCACCAAUGGGAAAUACCAAAGAGAGACAGCCCUGGGCAGAUUCAAAGUCAUAGUAGCUUUAACUCAACAUGUGACUGAGUUGGACCAUUUAACCACCUAAUCAGGAUAAAUAUAACAUCAUGUUUGUGAUAUAUUUUAACUUCUAAAGUAAAAUUCACUGCAGUUACUGUGGAGAAAAAAUUCUCUCUUAUGGUAAAAGAUGUAAAAACUCCAUAUCUACCAAGUACUAAAACUCUAGUGGAUUCUCAGUCAUUUCUGUUUUUUUAUAUAUAUUUUAAUUGUCAAGUUAAGAAUAUGUUAAAGUUGAUGCAAACUUACUCAAAGUAGUAACUGAUUUUAAUUAAAUAUUUACCCUUAGUGGGGUGGGGGUAAUGUAGCUGGAAGUGAAUAUAGUACUUAAUUUCUGAAACUUUACACUUGAUUAUUUUUGUCUCUUAACUUGGUAUUCUUGAUUAUUAAAUUAGGGCAAAUAGUUGAUUUACUUUUAAAUUUUUUUCCUUCAAUAAAGGGUUUUAUCAGGUAAUUCCAAAUUAAAAACUGGGAUCUGUCAUAAAAUAGUUAAACUGACAGCAUUUGUCAUAACUUUGGGUCAUAAACAUUAUUAUAAAGAUUUCAGUAGCUUAUUUUGUAUUGAAUAUUUCCUAAAUAAUUUUUUUAAAUCAUUAUUAUAUAGUCUAUUUUCAAAAUUUAUUAUGUAAGUGCCGCUAAUGUAUAUCUGGUCUUCAGUUUUUGAACUUUCUUCUUUUUAUACAUUUAGGUAUUGAUGACGUCUUAGUAGAAAGUUAGGUUAAUGAUGUCUUUUAUAACUGUUCACAUCAUAUUUGUGAAGUUUAUUAUUGUGUAAUCUUAAAACUGUAAUCAGUUUAAAGCUUAACUUGAAAGUUCUGUGGUAAAUAUUACAUAUAUGACAAUGUGGUUUUAGGUUCAAUCUCAUUAUGCAGUAUUUUAGGCAUAGGUCUUCUACUACAGCUACAACUUGACUAAGUUCUGCCCUUGUUGUAAACAUUAUUUGGUCGCUUUCACCAUUGAAUAUAAAUGAAAUUGUGAUUGGUCCAUUGGAGACCUUUUAACCAAUGAUGCUAUUGUUCACAAAUUGCAAUAUUAAUUCAAUAUGCCAGUGCUAAUUUUGUCUUCAUUUCAUAUGAAAUUUGCUGAAAUUAUGGAAUUUUAAGUAAUUCCUCUGUGAAUCUGACAACAAUGUAAAAGAAAUGUUACUUGUUUCAGUUAUUGGAUUACAGUUCUGCUGGAGCACUACCUUGAAGGGUUUUAGUUGAAUAAAUCAGCCCUAGCACUUUUUUAUUUUUAUUUUUUUCUUAAGUUUAGUACUUAUUCUAGCAGUCUCUGUCGCCUAACUGCCAAGUUACAGGGACAUAAACAAACCAACACUGGUUUUCAGGUAGUGGUAGAGGGGAGACACACACACACACAUGCACGCUUGUUUGUGUAUGAUGGGUUUCCACAUGGUUUCCAUCUAAAUCCACUCGCCAUGUGGUUGAAAAGCAGACUUCUUACAACUCAACCACACUUUGUGUAUUAAAUUAAAUGAAAUAUUCAGUUAAAUAUUCAAAACACAUAUUUACACAUCAUCUCACACUGGACAGAACAUGUCAAAUGGCUCCAGAUAUAAAAUGUUUCAUUGAAGGUGGUUAAUUCAUACCUUAUUUGGUAAAUAUUAUUCAUUUCAUAAUUUGUUUCCCUAAACUAAAAUGGCUGGUUACUUAAAGUAAACUGUUUGUUUACAUGUAAUUAUCGUUAGUAGUCAUAACUGGGUUUUUUUGUUUUGUUUUUUUGUUUUUUAGUAGUUUGGUCUAGUGGAAAGGGUUGUGUCCAUUGUCUUCACAGACCUCUGAGACCGGUGAUAUCAGCAUGUUGUUAGUUAAGUUACAGAAAAAAAAAAAAAAACGUAGAGGCAGGGAAGGAAUUCCAAAGAAUUUUAGUUCUUCA